GAAUGUUCUUCUCCGCCACCAAAAUUCAAAAUUCCCCAAAAAUAUCAAGAAAGCCAGAAGCCCACGACACUGACUAACACUACUUCAUAUAAUUGCAGUGAGAGAUGCACACAAUCAAUCAAUCAAUCAAACAGAUUCAACCCCAAAAAUGGAAGCAGCGUUUCAAAUACUCCUCGCGUCUGCUUUGGCGCUCACAGCGCUCAUUUACACAUGGAAAUUACUCAAUUGGGCAUACCUCACCCCCAAGCGCCUCGGCGAAGCCCUCACGAGGCAGGGCUUCAAGGGUAAUUCCUACAAAUUGGUGUACGGCGACUUGAAGGAGAUAAUGCAGUCGGUGAUGGAAGCCAGGAACAAUCCAAUCAACAUCGAUGAUGAUAUCAAAAAGAGAGUUUCCCCCUUCCUCCUCAACACAAUUCACAAAUACGGGAAUGAGUCGUUGAUUUGGUUCGGGCCGAGGCCUUCGAUCGUGUUGACUGAUCCGGACCUGGUGAAGGAGGUGCUGACCAAGAACUAUCUGUACCUGAAGCCGGUGCAGCGGAAUCCGCUGGCGAAGCUGCUUGCGCAAGGACUUGCCAGCGUUGAGAAAGAUAAAUGGGCUAAGCACCGGAAAAUCAUCAACCCUGCUUUCCAUCUUGAGAAAUUGAAGCUCAUGAUUCCAGCCUUGUAUUUAAGUUGUGACGAAGUUCUGAAAACGUGGGAGAAGAAUGUCUCACCGGAAGGAUCUUAUGAGGUGGAUGUAUGGCCUUAUUUACAAAACCUAACGGCCGAUGCAAUAUCAAGAACUGCAUUCGGCAGCAGCUACCAAGAAGGGAGACGAAUAUUCGAGCUUCAGAGAGAACUAGCCGAGCACAUCAUUCAAGCUUUGCGCUCUAUAUAUAUUCCAGGGUGGAGAUUCGUUCCCACCAAAAGGCAUCAGAGAAUGAAACAAAUCGAGAAAGAAAUCCAGUCAAGGAUUCGAGGUCUCAUCAGCAAAAGGGUCGAGGCUAUGAAGACAGGGGAAGGUGGUAGCCAUCAGGACUUGCUAAGCAUAUUGUUGGCCUCCAACUUCCAAGAAAUCGAGGAAAGGGGUAACAAGAGCUUCGGGAUAACCAUAGAUGAAGUAGUCGAGGAAUGCAAGCUGUUCUACUUCGCUGGGCAGGAGACUACUUCCGUGUUGCUCGUUUGGACAUUGGUUUUGUUGAGCAGAUACCCCGACUGGCAGACCCGAGCCCGGGAGGAGAUUAUGCAAGUCUUUGGCAAUCGAACGCCAGAUUUUGACGGCCUGAAUCAGCUCAAGAUUGUUACGAUGAUUUUCUACGAGGUGUUGAGGCUUUAUCCACCGGUCGUAGUUCUUGGCCGGAGAACGAGCGAGGAGACCAAGCUGGGGAAGUUCACCUUACCAGCCGGGAUUCAGAUCUCAUUGCCAACUAUCAUAUUACAUCACGACCCGAAAAUUUGGGGAGACGAUGCCAUGGAGUUCAAUCCGCAGAGAUUCAGUGAAGGAGUGGCGAAGGCGCAAAAGGGUCCGGGCGUAUUCUUCCCUUUCGGCUGGGGACCUCGGAUAUGCAUUGGGCAAGCGUUUGCGAUGCUGGAGGCGAAAAUGGCAUUGGUAAUGCUUCUGAGAGGCUUCUCGUUCGAGCUUUCUCCGUCGUAUACGCAUGCCCCUGUUAGUUUGAUCACUACUCAACCUCAGCAUGGAGCUCACCUUCUCCUACACAAGAUCUAGAUUUUUAGAGUUGGGAGUCUCUGAACAUCUAUGGUUUUUUGAACUAUAGCAGUUUUUUGAAAUGGAUAAAUAAGCAUAAAUUUUGGCUUUCGGCAUUAACUACUCUACCACUAGAUCAAUAUGCGCACAAGUCAUAUGUAUAGUAGUUUUUCAUGGAAAGUAUGUGUAAUAGUAGUUUUUCAUGGAAAGUAUGUGUAAGUACUGAUAUGUAUUGUUGUUAUUUCAAUUUUGCAUUCAAAAUUUUGAGUUUUGGGCCUA